AUGGCUUCACCAAGACCCAUUUAUGAUCGUCAACAUAUCAACACUUCGGAGUUGAUGCAAGCUGGUAGCCAGGAGCUCUCGUGGUAUAACGCCAUAACCCCCUAUCCUCCUGGGAAGUUUACAGGCAAGACCCUUCAUGGCAUGAGAAAUCAACGAGCUGCAGAGCCGUCCCUCAAUCUGUUUCAGCGAUUUUCUACAGACAUCGUAUGCGCAGUAAAGUACACCCUUCCGAAGGAACAGCAGCAUACCACGUUUGUCUCUUCUUCUUCUGGUGCGACGUUGAAAUUCUCUAUCGGAGGUGGAACCGAAAUCCCUCAUUUUCAACUGCAACUGCAACUUCGUCUAACUGCAAAGGAAAAAUCUAAGCAAUGCAUCUUCACUAUCAUUUGGACAGCUUGGAAUGAGAGUAGAUUUGAGUCUCGCAGGGCUCCAACAUACACUAUGUCCGAGUCGAGCAAGUUUACAUUCUCCGAUUCCCUCAAGGAUGUCACUUUUGUCCACACCAAAUUGAACGAAAGAUCGGCUAAAGCAUGCACUGGAACUGCUGGUUCAAAAGCAUUUGAAAUAGGAUGGACCUCUCACACCUUGCCGUCCAUGAUGGAAGGUUUCAACAUUUCGAACCCCGAGUUGGAAAAACUGUUCUCGAAAGAGCAGAUUCAGACUUUUCGGAAUUUCCAGGGGUUAUGCCGCAAAGACAUCUCUUUGUCUGUCAUCACCAGAGUUAACCGAGACGAAAUGGAGCAGAACCGGAAAGCAAAGAUGUUCUCUGUUAUGAAAGCUAUUCCCGCCAUCACCGAUAGAAGUAUCGUUGCUCACCACCAGUCCCGUCUUUUCGGAUGGCAGAAUAUGGAAAGAGGUGGCUUUGAUCGCGAAAAGUCGAAACUCCUCCAGCAUAUGCACACUCCGUUCACUACAUACAUCAACGAAAGAGAAUACGAGACAAUACAGAUGAUUGGCUUGCUACGAGAAGCUGAGGCCCAAAAGAAAACUGUUACUGCCCAAUUCGAUCAGUUCUACGACUUCGAUCUUUUCCGUGCCGCUGAUGUGCAUGGAUCAAAUGACAAUGGCUUGGAUCCCUACUUCUACGCAGUAGUGGAGGCUAAGUUUCUAGCUAAGGGCGCAGGUGAUACAGAUGCUCAGCAGGUAUUCGAACAGGAUAUGCCCCUUCCAGAGCCCGGUACACCCUUGAAGUUCUCAAUUGUGAAGAAUGAGCAUGACAAGAACAAUAUUUGGGAAGGAAUCGUUGUGUCGUCUCGUGGAAUCCCGCGCUCUCAUCUAGAGAAAGGAGGCAAGGAAAAGUUCAACGCUAUCUGCAUACGACUGAAGAGGCCCCUUAUCCAGGAGUCGACAGGAAUUUUCCUGCAUUUGGCAGGGUACAUCAUGUUUGGAUCGCCAGGCUCCCAGAUUGUGCAAGCACGCAGCGCAAUUCGGUAUGCAAUGUGGGGCAAUGAUGAUUUCGGAGUUGCCCGCGAUAACAAAAUCAAGCGGCUUCUGCUAGCCCAUGACAAUUCGACAAUAAAGUAUCAUCGAACAGAUAACCUGAUUGACCGCACGACACUUCGGUUUCUCGAAAAAUCAAGAAUUCCCGCCAUCGAAAUGGCAAGCAGAUGGAGGCAAUCGAAUCUGCCUUCUCUGACGGAAAAUUGUGGUACAAUUUCCUCACCCUCGUCACUGGUCCACCGGGAACAGGGAAGACAGCUGUCACAGAAGAAAUUGCCGCUCAUUGUCUUGAACGGGGUGGCCACUAUGCAAAUGCCGCAAGAGUCCAAUAUCAACAAAGAUGUUGAUGACCAGGAUGAGGACGUGGGGAAUCGUUCAGAAGCGAUGCCAGUGUUUGUUACCGAUGUCGAGAAGGACCUGAAAGAACGAGGAGUGGACGAUAACCUCCAAAAGAUUGUUCUUGCCUUGAUAGAUGGCAUUACAGAUCUUAGUCACCAAUGUACCCUUGGUUUUUGGCUUUCAUUGGUUCUCAAGGCCGUGAUGGCCGGGCAAAAGGCAAUUCUGCGCGUGAAGCUGUCUGACGAGAAAAUGGAGUGUCUGUGGAAGUUUAUAACUUUCCAAGAACUUCUCAGACGGCAAGAAAAAUUGGCUACUGAGACUGCGAGCCUUGAAAGCGACUUCAAGUCGCUAGUUCUUGGGUCUAAGAGAAGGGAUCCGCAACAAACACCCGGAGUUUCUCGUGAAUGGAUAAUCAAGGAGCAGAAGCGUGCAUGGUUAAAAUUGCAACAGCUAUAUUUGCGUACAGCAAAGAUAGUUCUUUGCACCGCUUCAACUGCCGGCCGAAAGUCGCUCCGAGGGUUUAGACCUGAUUUCCUUGUCGUUGAGGAAGCGUCACAAAUGAUAGAGUCUCAGGCUCUCAAUGCUAUGAUGCGACACCUUCCAAGCCUGAAGAAAGUAAUCCUCAGUGGGGAUGCUUCUCAGCUUCCACCAACAGUUAUAUCGAGUGCCUCUAACGAGUGCUUUGACACUCAAAAGGUAUCACUAUUCGAAAGACUGAUCAGAACUGGGCACCCUCACAUACAGCUUCAAAUUCAGUACCGCAUGGCGCCAGAUAUCUGUAAGCAUGCAGGACUCAAAUUCGGUCAAAAGAUGGCUGAAUGGUUUAAGGCUCAGGCUGGAUGCUCGUACUUUGUGUCUGUGGGCAAAUCAACGAAUUGGCACCGUAGAGGGUCCACAUCAAUUUUAAACCCUGAGUACGUCCAGUUUAUUUGCGACUUGUGUCUAAAAUUUGUCAAGGAUGGGGCUUCAGAAAAGCGGAUCUUGGUUCUCUCGUUCUAUAACGAGGAGCGGCUAGCUCUGACUUCGAUGCUCCACGAAACACUUGGUCUCAAAGACAUACAGGUCAAGAGCAUCGAUGCUUCACAAGGGACUGAGAAUACUUUCGUUAUUCUUUCGACAACUCGAGUGGGAGGAAACGGAGGCAUCGGCUUUGUGCAAGACUGCAAUCGGCAAUGCGUUGCACUCAGCCGGGCUAGAGAUGGUCUCGUAGUGGUGGGAAACGAGUACAUGGCCACAGGUCGUUACGGUGCAAAUUACGAUAGCUUGACCAGGUUGAUCGGGGAGCAUGGGGCUCAAGGCCGAUUGAUUCGCGCACAAGGUGACCGAUCUCAAGUGUUUGCCGCUCUUCAUAUCAUUGAAGAGGAGUGGGAAAAAGUCCAGUAA